CUGUGUCCUGAGCAGAUUAAAUACUUUUAAUGUAAUUUGGAAGAUGGCUAAUCUUAUCGCUUAUCCUUUAUAAAGUCGGAGUAUUAGGAGCAAGUAAUGCCAUUUCUCAAUGUCUGAUUGUCAUGGGACAGACAGCGUCAAUUCCUCGUAAAAGCACUGCCUACGUCCUGGAACUGCAUGAAUGGUAUAGGUAAUUUUUUUAAUAUUUUGCUAAAUGAGUGAUAUUUUGAUAAAUGUUAUCCUCUAAGUAUAUUUUAGUAAGGUCUGGAUACAAAAGGCAGUAACUUGACUGAUUCAGUUGACUUGAUGUGAAACUUUCGCACGGACGAUAUUUGUAAUAUUUGCAUGAAGCAAAAAUGUAGAAUAUUUGGUGUCGUUAAAAAAAUAAAUGGUUGAGAAAUAAAUGAAAAGAAUUAACAAUAAGUCAAUUAGUAUGAAUACUUUAGAUUAGACAUAUGACAAUGUAGUUUACAAUUAUUCAUAAAAUAUUUUUUUUAAUAAUCGGAUUUAUAAAGUAAAACAAAGCCGAAAUGAAUGAGCAGUAUUAAGAAUGAAUAGUAUAUUUGUAUAAACUCUUGCUUUCAUUAAAUAUUUAAACAAUUUCUGCUGCCGUAAAAUAGCACAAUAUAUUUCUUGUAUUUAACCAAUAACUUAAUCUAUGAAGUUUACAGAAAAACAAACAAAAAUUUGAAGGAAAUAAAUCGUAACAAUUGACAGAUUUUUCUAAAUAAAUCCAAAGGAAAAUGAUGACGACUUAUUUUGGUAUAACAGAACAUCGCUCAGUUUGUUAUUGUUGUAGACAGAGUUUCUUAUCUAAAUGAAAUCUUUAUAUAAAGUUAAAAUGUAUACACUAUAUAGCAUUGUAUAUGUAUGUUAUUGUUGAUUGCUUUGUAAUGUAAUAAUUUAUUUAACAGUUUUUAUUUAUAAUUAUCAUUUUAUACACACCAUUGUGGAAGCGAAACUUGGCGAGCUGAUGUUCUCGCAUUGCGCCCAUUCUGAAAGAUACUUGUUUGGCUAAAAAAACAGUGCAGAAAAUCUAGUUAAUAUUCUCUGAUUUAAUAUAAAAAUUAGUCUCUCAUGGGAGGAAGCCAUACCACGCAUUCCUGUUUUAGAAAACAACAAGCCGUGUACAUUUAUUAUCAGUUUACCAACAUCUUUUACUAACUCUUUAUUUAUUUACACGAGACAGAUUUGUAAAUCGAUAUUUAAUACACAUGUAGGAAUGUUAAUAAUUAAUUUUUUAUCUACAAUUAUAAUAUUCCCACAAUUCCAAAGGAAGAAGAUAAUACUAGAGGAAUUGCAUUAAUAUUAGUUGACCUACUGCCCAAUCUCCAGCCACACCUGAUAUGUGAGUUUUCAAACAAGAGUUUGAUACGAUUUCUGUCAGAAGAAUUUAGACAAUGUGUGUCUACAUUCUGUCACGUUAGCAAUGGUGUGUGUGUGUGUGUGUGUGUGUGUGUGUAGAACUGAAGGGACGGUCAGAGCCAAUUAUAGCAGUAGACAGCGGUGGAGAUAAAUGCCUAUGGGGCACACAUUGUGCGUGGUGCUUUUCUAUGUUUGCGAUCCUUGCAGCCUGACGCACACUGAUAUCGGGUUCUAUGGCCACAGAGUGAAGAUAUACUGUACAAAUCUGCAAAAUAUUUUUAAUUUUUUUAUUUAGCAAAAAUAAAGAGAUUUGAAAGUGGAGAAAAAUAUAUGAAUAUGGAAUACUCUUAUUUAACACUAGUUGUGUUGGUGGCUGUGGUGUCGCUUUAAAGGAUCAAUCUAGACACCAUAACUAUUACAGAACUGUCCCCAAGGUAAAAGUCACACCAUUGUCCAUCAGUUGGCUACUUACCUGGGUCACCCAGUCACCUGUGGACCAGCCCCUCUUAAAUAUCACUAAAUAGUAAGGUGUUUGCUAGUGUCCUAUCCUUUAGAUUGUAAGCUCACAGGCUAAAUAGGCACUUUGUAUAAAAAGAGCUUUAAUUGAUACGGGCAGGGUCCUCUUCACCUAUUUGUCUGUGUAUAUUGUACAUUCUCCCCUAAUUGUACAGAAUGCUUUAUAAAUGCCAGUAAUAAAUAUAAAAUAACAAUAUUUGGAUCUCAUUUGGGGGGCGUAUAAAAUGUAUGCACUAUUUCAGCAGAAGGUAGGUUUAGCACCGGAGUCUAUGUUUGUUAUUCAGUGGCAUGUGUGGACCUCCUGAUAAGACUUCGAGCUGUAAUGCAGUAUCUUGGUUACUUUGAUUUGUGGGUAAAGGGUUCUACGAAGGUGCAGCUAUGUGUCUUGCUACAUGUUUUACGUGUCGAGUCCUUCCCAUGGGUGAUACCUAAAUUAAAAGACACUCACCCAGCAUAACAAACUGUCUUUUUGCAGGCGCUUGUCUCCUGCCAUGACGUGGGUUCAGGUGCUGUCCCAUUUUACCCGGGUUUCACAAGCCUGAGGUUUGUUUUUUGCUCCAAGAGGUCAGCAGUCCAUUGAUUUUGGUUGCUCAUGCGGGUGGAAAUGAUGUGGGAGGGUUUGCACAGUUGAAUUAGUGGAUUUUAUUAAACCGGAUCUGGCCAGUACAUGGCCCUGUUUUCCAGUGCUUUCUUAGUUUGGUACGAGGUGGUUCCUCAUCCGUGCUGGAGCCCUUGAUCAUUUUAAAUCUUUGGAAAGGGCUAGGUGUAAGCUUAAUCAUUGAGUUUCCCAGUUUGUUUGCAGGGUUGGAAGCAGGGCCGGCGCCACCUAUAUGUGAAGUAGGUGCCGGCCUAGGGCGCACAUUUGGAAGGUGAGCCUCCUCAUGCGGCGCUUCUAAAAGUGCCACGGCAGCAUCCACGCCGUGCGGCACUGAUGAGAUAGGCGCCGGCGCCACUCAGAAAAGAACGAUUGAGGGAGCGUCGGGAGCGCACACAGUUCAAUUUGUAUUGCGCCGCCCGGUACUGUAUUGCCCCGCCAGCCGAAGCUGUAUUAGAGCGUUGCUGUGGGUUACCGCAGCAACGCUCUGAUGCAUUUCCUGGCGCCUCCUGGAAGGAGCUGCAUUUCCCACCGGACGACCAGGGAGCCGGAUUCCCCUUCCCUGGCCAAGGUAAGUUUCUGGUAGGGGGAAGAAAAAUUAAAUUUUCUUGUAUAAUUUUUUGGGAAAAGAAAUAUAUUUUGAAACCUUCCCCAUAUCCCUUUUUUAACUCCUUACAUCGCUACUAGUGCCCCUAACACCCCGUUAUAAGUCAUAAUCCCCCAAUACUGCCACAACACCCCACUUCUGCCCCUUACCACCCACUACAGGUCCUAACCCCCCAAUACAGAACCCCACUACCCCACUACAGCCUCUGACCCCCCACUACCCCACUACAGGUCCUAACUACCCAGUACUGUUACUGACCUACCACUACAGACCCUGACUCCUGGGUACUGCCCCCAACAUCCCCCUACCCCCCACCCACAGGUUCUAACCCCCAAUACAGAACCCCACUACCCCACUACAGCCUCUGACCCCCCACUACCCCACUACAGGUCCUAACUACCCAAUACUGUCACUGACCUACCACUACAGAUCCUGACUCCUGGGUACUGCCCCCAACAUCCCCCCACCCCCCACUACAGGUUCUAACCUCACACUGUUGCUUUACUGCAGUCUGGACAAAUGAGCUGCCCAGGCAGACCAGGACAAGAGCAUUAAUACUGGCCAGUUGUCAAGUCUGCUGUAGAAUCAGUCCCUCAUGGAUGGGACAUAUGUGAUGUUAUGACAUGUCCGAAUCAUGUGGGCAGGACAUUGUGAUGUCACUACAUGUGGGGAAGGCAAAAUUCCUUGCACCGGCCCUGAUUGGAGGAGUAGUGGUGCAUCAUUAUGAGUUAGGGGGGGAUAAUGUGGACCUGAUGUGCCGGGAUGGUGUCCAUCUCCAUGAGACUGGGAUGGACAUAUUUAAUACAGGUAUUGAGAGUACUGGGAGAGGGGGUAUCCUGGGAGAGGGUUUGCAGGAAUCGAACUCUGGAACUGUGCUGUACGUGCACAAACUUAGCCAAAAAUUCUUUGUUUGUUUAUUUUGUUUCAAACUGCUGUGAAAUAUUUAAAAAUGACAAGAUCAAGAUAUUGUAGAAUAUUUUUCUGAUGACAAAGCAAAAAAAAAAAAAAAUAUCAAACAAAACAAAAAUCAAACAAAAAGAAAACCGGUUCCCUCACUUAGCUGUGUCUGCAGUAUUUAAUCCCUUUCAGCGAGCAUGUCUGACACAAUCCAGUCUCAGGAGCUUCCAGCAUCACCUGCAGAAAAAAAAACACCCAGAUUUCUACACGCCAGGAGACUGACGGUGCUCUAAGAAUGUCCCUCCUGGGCGGUCACAUAGUGUAUAGAGGGGACGCUAGGUGUCCGCGUUAGGAGAAAAAUGGUGGCAUUUUGUGUGGGCCUGUUUCUAUUUACAUCCCACACCUGAUGGUAUCUUCCAUAUUAGUAAUUCAGAAUUACUCUUCCUUAUUUGUGCCUUUUUUAUAAUUUCACAAUGGCUGUAUCUUUAACUCUUAUAUUCCCAACCCGCACACCACAAAGCUAUGGUGGGACAUGAUUCUGCUACAUCAGAUGUCACCCUCUCGCUGGGUCAUUGCAGGUAAAGGGGGAUGUCCACCAUCUUUAAUGGGACACUCCAAAAACCCCAAGUACUUUAGUUUGCUAAAAUGCUUAAUGCGUGAAGAGGGUGUCCUUUUUUUUCAUUUUAGAAAAAGUGCAGGUUUUUAAUACAAAUUGUCACUUACACGCACAUGGCUGUCAAUCAGACAACCAGUCCUUUUACUUUCUGGUUUGGUUUGCUCGGUAGUCUGAACUCAAGAGGCCGCAGUUGCCCAGAGCACCUGCUUUGCACAGAUUUCUGAUUGAGCUGCAUUGGGAUUUGGGAAGUCAGUGAUUGGACAGUCACAGAAGGUUUGGGCAGGAUUAGAAGGGAAGAUUUGUAAAGGCAGCAGGAACGAGAUCUGCAUCUUUUACAAGCUGUUUUUAGAUAAACGCCCAAUGAAAAAAUGCGUAAUUAAAUCCAGGUAUGUUUUAAUUUGGGGUAUAUCUACUAAAUAGUGAUUUUUGUUUUGUAUUUGAACAGUGGAGUGUCCUGUUUUAUUAAGACCUCUCUAUACUCUCAUUGCCACAUUACAUUGCUCUUAUUUGGUAGUUUAAUUCCAGUAGAUUCAUAGCUAAAUUGUUGUAUAAAAACGCUGACUGCUAUUAUAUUGUCAAAUAUAUAACAUGUUUCACAUCUAUGGUAUGCAUUAUACUUUUUGAAUGAUAAAUCUCUCAUUUAAAAAUUCCAGAAAGUUUAUUGAAGAAUGUCCCAGCGGACUAAUCACACUCCACGAAUUCAGGAGAUAUUUCGGCGAUUGUACGGUGGGCAAUGAGUCUUCGGAAUACGCAGAGCAGAUAUUUCGCACCUUAGAUAACAAUGGGGUAAGUAAGUCUCUGGGGUUUAACUAAAUUCAGAAUUGUCACAAAUUAAAAUCCAUGUGGAAAGAUUUAGGCUUAAAUAGCUUAUGUGGAAAAAUGAUCAAACUCAGCUAUAACUUGACUAUUUUAGACUUAAUUUCACUUUCUGAUUUUAAUUUGUUUCAUGCUGUGUCUGUGUUUGAUACAUUAACAUCAGGGAAUGUUAUAUGAAUUCCUGUCCGUAAGAUACGGGCUUCGUGGGGAGACUGAAUGAAAAGAAGACGUCGGUGAUCGCAGACAUUUGUGAAAUAUAUUUCAUAUGAAGCCUGGCAUAACAACUGUGUCACAAAUAUCUCUGGGUCCAAAGUUAAUUAUCACAUCUCUGGUACAUGGCGAGAGAAAUGAAAAACACCCAAACAUGCGCGACAGAGACAGAGACAGAGACAGAGAGAGAUCAAUAAAUAGAUGGAUAGAUACUGGAUAAAUAGAUCGCUAGAUGGAAAGAUAGAUAUACAGAAACUGGAUAGAUAGAUACAUAGAUAGAUACAUAGAUAGAUGGAUAGAUAGAUAGAUAGAUAGAUACUGGAUAGAUAGAUAGACAGACAGACAGACAGACAGACAGAUACUGGAUAGAUAGACAGACAGACAGAAACUGGAUAGAUAGACAGACAGAUAGACAGACAGACAGAUAGAUACUGGAUGGAUAGAUAAAUACUAGAUAGAUGGAUAGUUACUGGAUGGAUAGAUAGACAGACAGACAGACACAUUGGUUACUUGGAAAAUAUGAUGAAUUAUGAUAAAUAAUAUGUAACAUUAGUUAUAAUAACUUUUUUUCAAGGUUUUUUUCCCUUGAAUGCAUAUCAUGGCUACCAUUUGGGAGAUAAGGGGGGCACCAAUGCCGGCCACAUGCCUCCAGAUUUAGGAAGCUUGCAAAGUAAAGUCUCUGGGAGCUGGACAGUUCAUUAGCCACUAAUUGCCCAUCAACCAGAGACAACAAUAAGGAGUCAGCUACCCUGAGAUGGCAUCGGGUGCUUUGAGGUUACAUUCUAUCACUCACUGCCCAUCUGGUGCCCGGGGCUGGAGGAGCAGGAGGGGGACGGUGAGACCCAGUGUAGACUCUUCUGCUUUGCCAAUACUAAAUACCAGGGAAAGCUACCCAGAGCCUGCCUCUCCCUCAUCUAUGAAACCUUACUACUGCAACAUAAGUUCCCCUUUAAUCAUCUCGUUGAGCCAUUACUCUAUCUCCAAACAUUCUCUCCAUUCUCCCUACAGGAUGGGAUUGUUGAUUUCCGUGAAUAUGUCACAGCGAUCAGCAUGUUGGCACAUGGCACCCCGGAGGACAAGCUCAAAUGGUCCUUUAAAUUGUACGACAAGGACCGAGACGGGGCCAUCACGCGGUCGGAGAUGUUGGAAAUAAUGAAGGUUUGUAAAAACUAUAUGAAAGUCGAAACUCACAAAUUCUGAUAUUUCUGUCUUUAACCCUUCGCUGCCAGAGUUGCCCUCCACAUAUUGCUGAAUUACAGAAUAAAUUACUGGUACAUAGACAUCACAGUCCCAGCUGGGGAAGGGGCACUAAAUGCAGGGACAUCAGGAGAAAGGAUAAUACAUUAUUAUUAUCAGCAUUUAUAUAGCACCAACGUAUUCCAUAGUGCUGUACAAUAUAAUAAAGGGGGAACCAAGCAAAAAAAGAGACAAUUACAGAAUGUUACAAGAACAGGUUGAUGAGGAGCCUACUCACAAAACAGAAAAUUAAAGAGAGAUAGUACUGUAUAGCCUAUGACCUGGACUGAACUGUUCUAAUUUCUCUUUUACAGGCUGUCUACAAAAUGAGUCUUUCUACUUCAAUUACGAAUGUCAACCCAAUGACCGCGGAAGAAUGCACCAACCGCAUUUUUAUUCGGCUAGAUAAAGACAGAAACGGUAAAUCAAGCUGCGAAGGAAGUGACCAGUAAUAUCUAGAAUUCUUAGAAAACUUUGAUUAAUCAGCAACCAACCAUUGGUAGCGAGCUAAGAAAUGCUUUAUAUCUUUGUAGACAUUAAAGAAAUCAAUUUCUAUAUUUAUAUUCACACAUUAAAAACCUUCAACAGUGUGUUAUGCAGUGCUUUAAAAUAUAAUGUAGGGAUUUACAACCAAUAUUAAUGUUACAAAUGUUAACAAUCGGUUAAUGAGCUUACACUCUAUAGGCGGUGAGGUGUAAGACCCUUUUUACUUACCUUUUUUCCCCCAUAUUUAAUUUUUUAUUGAGUUUUCAUUUACAUACAGCAUAGAACAUCAUGUACUCAAUUGGCACACACACAGUAAAACGAGAACAGUAUAAGAAAAGAAAUUAACAUAAUUAAAUAGAAUUAACACAGUAACUGAGUUAGGUAUCACAUCACUUGUACAUAUCUGAAAUGUAGCUGUAUCCAGGAUUAUUUCCUCAUGUUUUAUUUUUUAAUGCAGCAACAGUGCCUCUAGUGGUGGUCAGUGUCAGUGGCUAGAAGUGGAUGUAACCCAGCAAUAUAAACAUAGCAGACUCUACAAAACAGUAAUGUUUUACAUUGAGGGUUAAAAUAACAGGACCACUGCACCCAGACCACUUCACCAAGAUACACAAUUGAGAUACAGCAAUGAGAUACAGUGUUGAGAAACAGCAUUGAGAUACAGCAUUGAGAUACAUUGAGAUAUAGCAUUGAGAUACUUCAUUGAGAUACGUCAUUGAGGUACAGCAUUGAGAUACAGCAUUGAGAUACUUCAUUGAGAUAUGUCAUUGAGGUACAGCAUUGGGGUACAGCAUUAAGAUGCAUUGAGACACAGCAUUGAGAUAUAACAUUGAGAUAUAGCAUUGAGAUAUAGGAUUGAGAUAUAGGAUUGAGAUACAUUGAGAUAUAGGAUUGAGAUGCAUCAUUGUGAUACAGCAUUGCAUACAGCAUUGAGGUAUAAUGAGAUACAGCAUUGAGGUACAGCAUUGCGGUACAGCAUUGGCAUACAUUGAGAUAUAGGAUUGAGGUACAGCACUGAGAUAUAGCAUUGAGAUACAUUGAGAUACAGAAUGAGCUACAGAAUGAGAUACAGCAUUGAGGUACAGCAUUGAGGUACAGCAUUGAGGUACAGCAUUGACAUACAGCAUUGAGAUAUAGCAUUGAGGUACAGGAUUAAGAUAUAGCAUUGAGAUACAUUGAGAAAUAGGAUUGAGAUGCAGCAUUGAGAUACAGCAUUGAGAUACAGCAUUGAGAUACAGCAUUGAGAUACAGCAUUGAGACACAUCAUUGAUAUGCAUCAUUGAGAUAUGUCAUUGAGAUACUUCAUUGAGAUAUGUCAUUGUGAUACAGUAUUGAGAUACAGCAAUGACAUACAGCAUUGUCAUACACUAUUGAGACACAGCAUUGAGAUACAGCAUUGACAUACAGCAUUGAGAUAUAUCAUUGUGAUACAGCAUUGUGACACAGUGUUGAGAUAUAGCGUUGAGAUAUAGCAUUGAGAUACAUCAUUGAGAUACAGCAUUGAGAUACAGCAUUGAGAUACAUCAUUGAGAUACAGCAUUGUGACACAGCGUUGAGAUAUAGCGUUGAGAUAUAGCAUUGAGAUACAGCAUUGAGAUACAUCAUUGAGAUACAUCAUUGAGAUACAGCAUUGACAUACAGCAUUGAGAUAUAUCAUUGUGAUACAGCAUUGAGAUACAUCAUUGAGAUACAUCAUUGAGAUACAGCAUUGAGAUAUAGCAUUGAGAUACAGCAUUGAGAUACAUCAUUGAGAUACAUCAUUGAGAUAUAACGUUGAGAUGACAUGGUCUGGGCGACUUUAAUGAUCAUUCACAUAAUGCAGUAUAGGGAUGUAUAUUAAAACUAAUGUCAUACUACCACCUGCUGGCAAAAAUAUGUAAUGCACACUAUGUUCACUAUUUAUAUAUCGCCAAAAUAUUCCUUGUAACAUCAACGUCCAGGAAAUGAAAACAGUUUUAAGGUGAACAGAAUGAAAAAGUGAGUUUCCAAUGUGUAUAUAAUAAUUUACAGAGAAAUUGUAAAUAACCCAAUACUAUCUGACUUUGUGGAAUUAAUUAAUUAUAUUAAGUUAUCUCCGCAUUUAUCCUGGCAGUUGGCCAUUGGGCCUUUGGAUCGGCUUUUUAUCGAGUAAAUCGACCAAUUAUUUUUACUGUAUAUCUAAACUACCUAUUCCCUUGACAAGCUACGAAUCGGUCUUUUCACCCUGAGGCCCCAAUAAUCUAACCAUUCAUCUAGAAAUCUGUAGAAUCUGCUUAUUCAUCUCAAGAAUCUGCUAAUUAACCAUGAGAAUCUGACCACCCCUUCCCCCAAUCGGCCCAUGCAACAUAAGAAUCUUCUCUUACACUCAGACCAUGAAAAUCUCUCCAUUCAGCCUGAGACUCUGCCUAUCGACUCUGAGACUCUGCAACGGGUUAAUUCGGUGUGAUUUCUGAUGCUAAAUUAACUCUGUACUAUUUUUCUAUUUUUCCAGCUGUGAUCAGUCUUCAGGAGUUUAUUGAUGGUUCGCUAGACGAUGAUUGGAUUCGAGAUAUGUUGGAAUGUGACCUCAGUACAGUGGAAAUUCAAAAACCGGAGAAAUGUCUCCAAUUGCUCCCGCGAGCAUCGAGUCGAAGCAUGUUACCCCAAAAACAGGAAAAAACUGAUUACUCCCAGCACAGUGAGUGCAAAACUGAUCAGUAGAAGCCAAUCAGCCCAAUAUCUUGUGUAUUUUUAUUGCAUUCUGUUUUUUACAGUUACUUAAUAAAAUAAAGGCAGAAGAGAAGCACAAGCAGCUGUUACAUGCGCCAAGUUUGCUUUAAAGAGAUUGUGAACGCGAGACAAGCAUUGAUGUUCUAUUUUAGGACUGAUAUGUACUAUAAACUUAUCAAUCAUUUCAUCCCACAACGCCCAUCCCACGGAUCAAUAAAUGCAAGUAAUCACACAGCCACAUGGAAAAUGAACACCCAGAGAAUUAAAGCAUAAUAUAUAUAUAUAUCAGUUUUAAUUUUGUCGACUAAAGUUUUUGAGAUUUAGUCGACUAAAACUAGACUAAAACAAACCAUUCAGGUGACUAAAAUACGACUAAAACUAAAAUGGCUUUUUAGUCAAAAGACUAUGACUAAAACUAAAUUUAAUUUGCCAUCAAAAUUAACACUGCACAGAGGGGCUGGGGAAGGGACAAAAGAGACAGACCAGUGCUUGGGAGAGAGACACCUAGAGGGGCUGGGAGGACACAAAGAGACACAGAGGGGUUGUGGAAGGGGCAAAAGAGACAGACCAGGGCUUGGAAGAGAGACACCUAGAGGGGCUGGGAGGACACAAAGAGAUACAGAGGGGCUGGGGAAGGGGCAAAAGAGACAGACCAGGGCUUGGAAGAGAGACACCUAGAGGGGCUGGGAGGACACAAAGAGACACAGAGGGGCCAUGGAAGGGGCAAAAGAGACAGACCAGGGCUUGGAAGAGAGACACCUAGAGGGGCAGGGAGGACACAAAGAGACACAGAGGGGCUGUGGAAGGGGCAAAAGAGACAGACCAGGGCUUGGAAGAGAGACACCUAGAGGGGCUGGGAGGACACAGAGAGACACAGAGGGGCUGGGGAAGGGGCAAAAGAGACAGACCAGGGCUUGUGAGACAGACACCUAGAGGGGCUGGAAGGACACAAAGAGGCACAGAGGGGCGCUGGAAGGGGCAAAAGAGACAGACAAAGGCUUGAGAAAGAGAGAGACCUAGAGGGGCUGGGAGGACACAAAGAGACACAGAGGAGCAGUGGAAGGGACAAAAGAGACAGACCAGGGCUUGUGAGACAGACAACUAGAGGGGCUGGGAGGACACAAAGAGACACAGAGGGGCUGGGGAAGAGACAGAGGCUUUAACUAAACCCAUUAGAUUUUAGUCAUGUCAGAUAAAAUAUACUGGAGAUUUAGUCAACUAAAAUACGACUAAAACUAAAAUGAACACUGAUAUAUGUAUCCAAUACAAAAUAUAAAACCAGUUAUAUGUCAAGAUGUAAUUUAUGGAAACUGUCCAGCACUUUGUAAGAGAUAUUUGAAGUUAUUAAACAGGGAACUGAAGGGAAUUAUUAACGGAUUUACAGAAGAGGCUGCUGAAUUGAGCAAUUUUCACCCCGAUUUACUGUUAGUUAAUAAAUCCCCUUGUCAGAAAUGGUGGAAAGGAAAUUCCCUUUACUGGCAGCCAUCUUUACAGUUAUUCUCAGCCGAAACACAUCACGAGCCAUUCUGCCAAGACAUCGUAUAUUAGAAACUCCUUUAUAACAGUUUACUUAAAAUAUAUAUCCCCAGACACGGCUCUGUGUCCACUGACACAUUAAUACCAGUUACCAAGAUUAAAAUAAAAAUUAGAAACAGGUCUCUGGAUAACAUAGAGCGCAGAAUGAGUUCGAUAUAAACUUUGCGCUAAGUUCUGUCUACACGAGGACUGGUCGGCAGAGGCGCCAAUCAGGACGUUGUGCAUGUACGCCAGACAUAUUAUACCACUCUAGUUUUGUGGGUGUUGAACAGCAUUGACAGAACCCCCCACACCAUUACCCUAUAUCUUCUGCUCGAGAUUACAUGGAAAUGUUAUGAGAAAUUCUUUCAAAACUGAUUGUAAUACUCUGAUCAUUGAUGUAACUGGUAUUAUUUUUUUAAUCAUCGAUUAAAUACUAGUCAAAUGUUUCAAAUUCCUUUUAAUCCAGAACUGAACGAAUCACUCUUGGAUUUACACGAGACUGGAUUCGUUCAGAUAUAAAAUUUGGUUCGGACGAACUAUCAGAUUUUUGCACAACUCUGUUAAAUACUCUUUACUGUCUGUAUCUGAUUAAUGAAGCCAAGAGACACUUUGAAACGGGAACGUAUUGUUUGCCAUUUUAUUGAUAAUCAUUAAUUUCGCCAUGUGUGGUCGACACGCAGAUUGAUGGACUGAAUGAAUUACACAAUAAUAUUUCUCACUAUAUGAUUCUUUAGUAUAUAAACAGUUGCUAUUUCACUUGUUACAUGCAUCAUUAAUUAAAUAAACAUUUUAUUAUACC